CGCACUGCACCCUCGGGACCCGCCGUUGCACUGGCGAACUCUUUCUGAUUGCAUUUCUUGUAGAGCAAGGGAAAUCGCGCUGCGACUACUCGGCGGCCUACGUGGGACGCGCUAGAGAGCUGCCGCCGUACUUGGCCUAUUCAACAUCGCCCCCCAGGUCUCUCCCGGCCGUGGCCACGCCUGCUCCACGCCGACACACACGGGCGGCGUCGCCCUCCGCACCUUCAGCAUGAUACAAGCCACGCGCCGCUGGCUCAGGCGCAACCGCACAAACUUUGCCAUUGGCGCCGGCGUGCUCGGGGCGGGCUAUCUGGCGGGGCAGUAUCUCGUGGGCAAGCUCACCGAGGCCAGACAGCGCAUGAGCGAGGACCGCAUCGCCAGGGAGAAUCUGCGCCGCCGCUUCGAGCAGAACCAGGAGGACUGCACCUUCACCGUCCUCGCCAUCCUCCCGACCGCCACCGAGAACAUCCUCGAGGCCAUCCCCGUCGAGCAGGUCCUCGAAGAGCUGCAGAAGCAAAAGGCAGAGCGCCUGGCCAGGAGCGUCGGCCCCAGCGAGCUCGCCAGCACCGCGCCCCCAAGCGUUGCCGACACCACCGAGGAGGAUGCAAAGAGCUCCAGUUUCCAGACGGACAGCUUCAUCCAUGCCAGUCAGAUCGCCACCCAUGGCGAUGCCAGCGCCGCCCAGCCCGAGCCCAGCCCAGAGGCCCCGGCCGUCGAGAAGCAGCCCAAGAAGAGCAAGGCACAGUUGUGGAGUGAGAUGAAGAUUAGCUCAAUCACCCGAGCCUUUACCCUGCUCUACACGCUCUGCCUCCUCACUCUCCUCACGCGCAUCCAGCUGAAUCUGUUGGGCCGCCGCAACUACCUCGCCUCGGUCGUGUCUCUCGCGGCGCCCCAACCCGCCGCCGAGGGGUUGCGCAUCAACAUGGAAAACCACGACGACGACAACUUUGACCACGCCUACGGCAACGACUUUGAGACGAACCGGCGGUACCUGAGCCUGAGCUGGUGGCUGCUGCACAAGGGCUGCUUGGACCUGAUUGAGAAAGUGCAGGCGGCAGUCAAGGAGGUCUUUGGUCUCCUGAACCCAAGAGAAGAGAUCACUCUCGAGAGGCUGUCUGAACUCACCCUCGAGGUGCGCAAAAGGGUCGAAGGCGCUACGGAAGAAGAGCGGAGAACAUGCAAAUGGCUCUCUUUUCUCCUCCCACCUCAAGACCAGGAGGACUAUGUCCUGCGCGAAUCGGGCAUGACUUCAUCCUCCGAGUCGACAUCACCCACUACGACUACGUCUCUUCGCCGCCUCAUUGACGAGACUUCGGAUCUGAUUGACUCGCCGGCCUUCACCCACGUCCUCACUCAACUUCUCGAUGCUGCCUUUUCCCAUCUCGUCGACGACAAGAUUUCUCAGCUCUCAUACAAGAUCCCGCCCGUUUCCGAAAGCAAUGCUCGCAUACAAGAAAUUGUAGGCAGCGAUGUCAAGGCCAAGGUUGCGAACAGUCUGGCCGUCUUCUGCCGACAGGCACACAGCAUCGGCAGCGGAGCAAACAACGACUACCUCGCCGCCAUCGAGGCCGUCGGCGGGCUCGAGGCAUUUGCAGCCGUGGUAUACUCGAGCAACUUUGAAUACGAGAGUCCGGAGGUGGCGGCUUUGACUCAGCCUGCUGCAGAGACGCAUCCACCGGAGACGAAGCUAGCCAAAGAUGGGGCUGCCCUGAAUGACACGGCUAAUGCCAGUAAUGAGAAGGGAGACGAUCCGUUUGAAAGUGCCUGGGGCAAGGCGCUCGCCAAAGAGGACGACGGGCUGAACUAUUAAUGGGCAUGUGUACGAUAUAGGAAAUGGUGCUCGCCAAAUAUUGGAUUCUUGAGAUACCCGUAAUAUGAAUCUGUAACCAAC